AUGCGAGCUACAGUAGGCUAAACCAGUAGAUGGAGGCUAGAUUGAAAAAAAAAGCAACAAUUAAUACUAGUAAUAAAUUAUUAAUUAUCUGGACGCGUAAUUCUCAUAUGCUUAUUUAUACGGACGAUGACGGUGUGGAUAAUAUAAUAUGGACCGUGCGCGACAUAAGAGAAAGUUUAAAUGAGCUGUAAAUACUGUUCCUCUAAAAUGUGACGUAAUGUGCGGAAAGGGGGCUUCUAGCGAAAGCAUUAAGGGGUUUUGUUGGUUCCCCACUUCGGGAGUCGAUACCCUGCCUUUGAGAGCAUCAGCAUGUCUGUGUAUCUGGUGGUUCAAUCGAAGGUGGCCAGUGCAACUUUAAAGACCCGGAGGGGCUGGUCCAUUAUUUCACACAAUUGAUUAUCGAUGUGAAAUUGCCGGAGCCCCUCAACAUCCAGAACACCUGCCAGACGCGGAUGACUAAUUAAUUGCGGGAUUAUGAAGUGUUUGCUAGUUUCUCUUUUUUGCGCUUGAGUGACAAACAUUGGUAGUUCAAACUGGGAAGAAGGAGUACCGCUGUAUCCUUUUCCCUUUCUCACCCAGCGACGCAUUUUCUCUGUAUCGCAUUCAUCUUGGAGUCAUCUCAUAAACAUGUCAACCAAAUUGUUGGUUUAUUUCCUACUUCUGUCAGUUCUACAUGCUUGUUCCCAGACAAUCGAAUACGAAGAGGAAUACGAGGAUGUUACUGUGAACCAAAUGCUUGCUCCCAAAACUCAGGAGACAGACGCAACGCAAAUACUGAAUAAUUUACUGAAGGAAUAUGACAAGAAACUUCGACCAGACAUCGGGAUUAAACCAACCGUCAUUGAUGUGGACAUAUAUGUCAACAGCAUCGGACCUGUGUCAUCAAUUAACAUGGAAUACCAAAUCGACAUCAUUUUUGCUCAGACAUGGACAGAUACCCGGCUUAGAUACAACAGUACAAUGAAAAUAUUGACUUUGAACAGCAAUAUGGUGGGACUCAUCUGGCUUCCAGACACCAUCUUCAGAAACUCCAAAAAUGCAGAUUCCCAUUGGAUUACAACGCCCAAUCAGCUGCUCCGAAUAUGGAACGAUGGGAAGAUCUUGUACACAUUAAGGUUGACCAUAAAUGCUGAAUGCCAGCUGCAGCUGCACAACUUCCCCAUGGAUGAACACUCUUGCCCCCUUAUCUUCUCCAGCUACGGAUACCCGCGAGAUGAGAUGAUUUACAAGUGGAGAAAGAACUCAGUGGAAGCUGCGGAUCAAAAAUCCUGGAGACUUUACCAGUUUGAUUUCAUGGGUUUACGAAACACCACAGGUGUAGUGAAAACAUCAGCGGGUGACUAUGUGGUGAUGACUGUGUACUUUGAUCUGAGCAGAAGAAUGGGAUAUUUCACCAUCCAAACCUAUAUUCCCUGCAUCCUCACCGUGGUGCUGUCAUGGGUUUCCUUCUGGAUCAAAAAAGAUGCCACACCAGCCAGAACAGCAUUAGGGAUAACAACAGUGUUGACCAUGACGACGCUCAGCACCGUGGCCCGGACCUCUCUGCCCAGGGUUUCCUACGUCACCGCCAUGGACCUCUUUGUCACUGUUUGCUUCCUGUUUGUGUUUGCGGCCCUGAUGGAGUACGCCACUCUCAACUACUACUCCUACAGCGUGCGAAAGCCCAGCUGCGCCAAGACCAAACGAUCGAACUACUCAGUGUUGGACGUGGGACCGCCCCCAACAGUCAUCACCUUGAACAAUUCCAUGUACUGGCAGGAGUUUGAGGAGGCCUGUGUCUACGAGUGUCUGGAUGGGAAGGACUGCCAGAGCUUUUUUUGCUGUUUUGAGGAGUGCAAAGGUGGGGCAUGGCGGAAAGGACGGGUCCACAUAGACAUCCUAGAACUGGAUGCCUACUCCCGUGUCUUUUUCCCCACCUCAUUCCUGCUCUUUAAUGUUGUCUACUGGGUAGGCUACCUCUACCUUUGACCUAAUCUCCAACGACAACAAAGAUGUACUCUCCAGCUUUUCGGUUCCCCCUCUUCAAAUGAGGAGGCCGCCAAGAGUAGAGGAUAGACAAGCAAAUACAGCAUAAGAAGGAGAAAGAAAAAGAAAAAAGUUAACACCAUGAGAACUUCAGUGGUUUUGUUACAAGGACUUCAAGUCAUAACUGGUACUUUUUUUAAAGGAAUUGACAUACACAGAAAAAAGUGCUACAAUUACAUUUUGCAAAUUCCUUCGGGAUAUGACAGUUAGGGGAGCCUGGCCUACCUUGCUUCAAUCGGAGGCCAUUGUUGUGGGCUGUUGUAUACUGGUAUUUUAUGCCAGAAUUUUCUGCCUUGUACUUCAGGUACCGUAAUAAUUAUAUAAGGUUACAUAUGAAACUUUCUGUUCACGUACCCUUUCCUAUGAGCAGAAAUGUUAGAAAAGUCA